GGGAGAGAGAGAGAGAGAGAGAGAGAGAGAGAGAGAGAGAGAGAGAGAGAGAGAGAGAGAGAGAGAGAUACUGUGUCCGCAGAGCAGAGUGCAGGACACAUUGCUUUCUCCCUCUUUUUGUCAUGACAGUGUGAUGUGAGAGAGUGUGUUCAGGACAGGGGAGAAGAAAAACAAACUCCUGCUGCACCUCUCCCUCUAUUUGGAUUCCAUCCAGGAUUUUUUUGUUUGGGUUUUGCUGUACAUGACGAAGACCGACAGUGGUGCACUCUACGUGACAAGCUGUGUGUCCUGCUGUUUUUCUUUUGUUGUUACUGGAAACUUGCCCUUAGGUAAAGUAAACUUCCAUCAUGCUUUGUUAGAAGGAUUGACUUUUUCAGACUGACAAUCAGCUGGGAGAGAAGUGGUGUAUGAAAGACUCCAGGAUCUUCAUGUGUCAGAGGGCAUGAUCGACAACGCAGUGGAUAUGGACAGUCUGAACAGGAACUUGCCUGAACGCGGAUGGCAGACCCAUAAGGUGUUACAGAGCACGCCACUGGAUCUGUUUGAGAGUGGCAAGGCGCUGAAGGUCCAGGCAGAGCGCCCCCAUCUGGUCAGUCUGGGCAGUGGCCGUCUCAGUACGGCCAUCACACUGCUGCCCCUUCCCGAAGGCAGGACCACGUUGGGCCAUGGGGCGAUGGACAUCAGCAUCCAGGGCCCAGGAGUUGCCACCCAGCACUGCUACAUAGAGAACCGGGCAGGGAUCAUCACUCUCCACCCCUGUGGGAACCAGUGUGCCAUAGACGGGCUUCCUGUCACCAAACCGGUCCGCCUGUCACAAGGCUGUAUGCUGUGUUUUGGCCAGUCGGCUUUUUUCCGCUUCAACCACCCAGAGGAGGCGUUCAAGAUGAAGAGCAUGAUGCCAGGGGGAAGCAAGGGCUCCGGUGGGAACUACAGAAUCCACUCAGAUACAGAGGGCCUGGUCAAUGGGAACCAUCAGUCAGGAGCGUCCCAGUCGCGCCACCCAGCCCCCGGGGAGAGAGACUCCCGCUCCGAGCAUAGUGCCAUCGUCAGCUCCAUCGAAAAGGACCUCCAGGACAUCAUGGACUCCCUAGUCAUGGAUGAUCCCCAGCCUCCCUCUUCAGACCACCCCAUCCCCCACUCCCCACUGUCCCCCAUGGUCAAUGGAGGAGGCCGAUACCUCCUUUCCCCUCCCACCAGCCCAGGAGCCAUGUCGGUCGGCUCCAGCUAUGAGAACACCUCCCCACCCUUCUCCCCCCUGUCCUCUCCCUCGGCGGCCAGCAGCGCAGGCAGCUACACCAGCCCUUCUCCCAGCGGCUGCCUGGACCCCCAGGACCCAUCCCUGCCCCCUGUGCCGGUCCGCUCAUCCAGCUACAACUACACAACUACACCACCCAUCCCCCAGCCAAGGACCACACUGACCAACUACAGCCCUGGCGGCGGGGUGCAGAGGGUUCCUGAGAGCCCUAAGCACCAGAGGAAAGGUCUCCUGGAGGCCCCCCAGAGCCCCAAGCCAGCCCGCAGAGGUCAGAGCCUGGAUAGCCCAGGGGGGGUGGGUUCAGAGAGCCCUAGACUGACCCACCUAUCUGUUGCCUCAGCCGAUGCCGGGUACAUGGGCAGGAACGCAGUGCCAAGUAGCCCCAGAUUCACGGCCAAGUUCCCCUACACCUCCUCCUCCCCAUCCAGUCCCAGGACGAAAGCGGGUGCCAUCCUCCAGGAGCGCCCGGCCAGCCCUUUCAGAGAGCAAGCGGACCACUCCCUCACCUCCAGCCCUUCCAGACAGCUGCUAUCCCAGCACAGCAGGGCCUUUCAGCCUCCCCUGGACCCAAUCGUCCACAUCAUCCAGGGGGGCUCUCCACUCCAGCAGCACCACCCCUUCCCCCACCCCCGCACACUGCAGCCCCCAGAGAGCCCUCGACUGUCUCGCAGGAACCUUGAGCUCAGCAGCGGGGGUAGCAGCAUGAAGGAGCUCCCUCCUCUCAGCCCCUCCAUGGCUCGCAGAGGGGUGCCUGUUCUCCCGGGGGCUCUCCCUGGAAGUAUCCCCACAUUGAGAACACCUGAGAGCCCAUCAUCAUCAGGGAAGUUGGGAGUCCCGGAGAGCCCCAGGCUCCAACGCAAGGCCGAGUCCCCCGCGGAGGACCAGUUUGGCGGCAGUGUGGUUCGAGCCCGCAGCCCCUCCCCCACCUCAGGGUUGAUGAUGAGCGGGGGAGGGGGGAGGAAGGCCAGCUUUGGAAAUGCCCUCUCCCCAGCUUACAGCCUGGGCUCUCUGUCUGGCUCCUCUCCUCUCGCCAGCCCCAGGGGCCAUAGGAAGAUGUCUGGGGGCCCCCGGGAUCUGAGGGGCCCCCACCCGGGCAUGCGGGAGCGCAAAAACAGCAUCUCUGAGAUCAGCGACAAUGAGGACGAGCUGUUGGAGUACCACCGGCGUCAGAGAGAGGAGAGGCUCAGGGAGCAGGAGAUGGAGAGACUGGAGAGGCAGAGGCUGGAGACCAUCCUGAACCUGUGUGCUGAGUACAACAAGGGUGACGGGCCCUUGGGGGGUGAGGCAGAGGGGAGGAUGGGCUUCCCUGGGGGUCUGGGACCGGGGGAGGGGGCGGCCAGGAGACCCUCUAUGGACAGCUUGGCAGGGUCCAGCUCGCUGCGUCGUAGCAUGGCCCAGAGACAGCAGAGGGAGAGCGACGAGGAGAACCUCAAGGAGGAGUGCAGCAGUACAGAGAGCACCCAUCAGGAGGUGAGGACGCCACUUCCUCCACAGGCCCUCCACAAUGGAGACCGAUACCAGCAUGAGGAGCAGUCUGUUUCUGGCGGCGUGGAGCGGGCAGAGCUGGGUUACCUGGAGGACGAGAGGGUCAGAGUGCUGGCCCGAGUCGACGAGCUCAAAUCACGGAUUACAGAGCUGGAGCAACAGCUACAGGAGUCCAAGCAGGAGGCGGAGAUGGAGCGGGCCCUGCUACAGGGGGAGAGGCAGGCGGAACUGGACCAGAUGGAGGCAGAGACGGAGAUCAUCAGACAGCUGCAACACAAGCGCAAGGAGCUGGAGAACACCAUCCAGAGGGAGAAAGACAAGGCAUUGCCAAAUCCUGGAUGGCUUCCCAAGACCGUAUCUAGUUGGUUUUGCCAUCCCAAGGAGAGGGCAAAUGUUGACGCAGAGCGCCGAGCCCUGGCGAGCCUCCAGGAGGGCUACAGUGAGCUGAAGAACCAGCUUCAUAACUGCCCCGAGUCACUGAGGGAGCAGUUACACGAACAGCUCAAAAGGGAGGGUGAGACCCUGGAGUCAGAGACAAAACAGUUUGAGGACCUGGAGUUCCAGCAGCUGGAGCGAGAAAGCAGCCUGGAGGAGGAGAGGGAGACCAUCAGCCAGCAGCUGCUGCAGGAGAGGGCCGAGUACCACACCAGCAUGGCCAAGAGGAAGGACAAGGUGGCAGCUCUGGAAGGCCAGGCCAGUCAGCUGGGACAGCAGGCAUCUCAGGAGUGUGACAAGCUGGCUAAGGACAGGAACCUUACCCUGCAGAUGCUCCAUAAGGAGAAAGAGAGACUAUCGGCCCUGGAGAAGAGGUACCUCAGCCUUACUGGAGGAAGGACUUUCCCUAAGAGUUCCAGCACCAUGAAAGAGGAGUACAUGAAGCUCUCGGAUGUCUAUAGGAUGUAUGGGAGAGAUUGCCAUGACACCCAACUCACCACUACUGCUCAGCACGGCCUCUCGCUCAUCCUAGACACAGCUGUCCCCUGCGAGGAGUAUUUGACUGUGGGCCAGUUAACUCAGAUCUUUGGGAUGCCGAAGGUCGAGUCCUCCCCUACCUCUCCUCUCCGGCCCCUCCAGUCAGGAGCGGGAGACCCUGCCUUCUCCUGCCUCUCCGUUCCUCACGGUUCCUCCCUCUCUCUCUCUGUUGAGUACCAGCCUGAGCGCAGUAGGCCUCAAAUCCACACUCUCGAUUUAGAGCAGUGGUACCAGGAGGUGAUGGCUGCUGGGGUGAGCAGCCAUCUCUGCCCCCCUCUCCCAGCUAAAUCUCUCUCCCCUCGCAGGCCUAUGCAGGUGUUCCGCUCCAAGCUGGACAGUGAUGCUGGACAGACGGUACAUCAACCCAAAGCAGGCUCCGGAUCCCAUCUGCAGUGUGGAGCUGCCACACUGGGACGCAACACAACCUCCAAGAGCCCACUGAUGGUUCCCAACAGUACCGGCAGUUUGCCACGGAACUUGGCUGCCACCAUGCAGGACAUAGAGACCAAGAGAGCGCUAGCCUUACAGCAGAAAGAGUCCUCCUUGCCUUCCACGCCUGAGUCUCCCUGCUCCACCAUGGACAAUCCCACAGACCGACAGAUAGACAGACAGACCUCUGAGCCUGGGAGCCACCAGGUGAUCGAGGAGCAGCGGCGUCGAUUGGCUGAGCUGAAGCAGCGAGCUGCAGUGGAGGCCCAGUGCCAGUGGGAUGCGCUCCACGGCUCUCAGACCCACCUCAACACCCAGUAUGCCCCUUCCCAUGCCCAAGGCCCUCCCAUGGUGCACCACUCCAUCCUGCACCACCAGCCGCCACCGGCGGGCGAGCAGCCAUACGACACACUGAGUCUGGAGAGCUCUGACAGCAUGGACACCAGCGUCUCCACCGGCAACAACUCAGCCUGCUCCCCCGACAACAUGUCCAGUGCCAGUGGGAUGGACGCGCUGAAGAUCGAGGAGAUGGAGAAGAUGCUGAAAGAAGCCCACCUAGAGAAGGCCAGGCUCAUAGAAUCCAGAGAGCGUGAGAGCCAUGCCCGUAGGCAGAUGCUGGAGGAGGAGAGGAGGCGGCGUGAGGAGGCUGAGAAGAGGCUGCAGGAGGAGACGAUGCACAGGCAGCAGCUGGUGGAUAAGGAGGUGAAGAUGAGAAGCAAGAACUUCUCCCAGGCCCGUCCUAUGACUCGUUACCUGCCCAUCCGCAAGGAGGAGUUUGACCUGCGCUCCCACAUCGAGUCAUCCGGCCACAACGUGGAGACCUCUCACCACGUGAUCCUCACAGAGAAGAUGUGCAAGGGUUACCUGGUCAAGAUGGGCGGCAAGAUCAAGUCGUGGAAGAAACGCUGGUUUGUCUUCGACCGCCUCAAAAGGACCUUCUCCUAUUACGUUGACAAACACGAGACCAAACUGAAAGGAGUCAUCUACUUCCAGGCCAUUGAAGAGGUCUACUACGAUCACUUGCGUAUCGCCACGAAGAAAGGAUUUUUCAACCUCAAUUUGGCCAAUCACUUUUCUGAGCUCCUGCCUCCUCAGUUUCGAAGAGAGAGCCCCAAUCCCUCGUUGACCUUCUGUGUGAAGACUCAUGACAGACUCUACUACAUGGUGGCCCCUGCCCCGGAGGCCAUGAGGAUAUGGAUGGACGUUAUAGUAACCGGAGCCGAGGGCUACACGCAGUUCAUGAACUAAUACUGGAGACUUGCGUACGUUGACAUAAGGAGACUGUUUCAGCAGGAACACUUCAAGUGAUUCAGACCUUUCCUUCUAGCGCCUCUCCCAAUAUUGGGAAAUUGCCUUUUUAUUUUGUUAAGUUCAUUAUAUCUAUUUUUAAUAUUCACGUCUCUCACUUUACAAUAUACAUUUUUUCUCCACUGGUUUUUCUACUUGCUUCUGCCCACUCAUUAAAAAAGGGAGCCCUGGAAGAGACACACACACACUGUAUAUAACCAAACGACAUAACUGUCAGACUUUCUGCUCAAAAGCCUUUCUAUAUUGCCAAAUGGAGAUCUUGUUUUAGUUAGUCUCUUGCGUGAGACCUAUUUUGUCAGUAAAUGUCUUUGAUAGUUUCUUUUUUUUCUUUCUUUUUUUUACACACAUGGAAUAUUGCCAAAAGACAAUGGUUUCAAACAGAUGGUCGUUUUUAUGGAAUGUUUCAAAUAGAAUACAAAGGCAUUUGCCCAAAUCUACUUAAGUUUAUCAGUGAGCGAAAGAUGUAAAUCAUUUAAGAAAUGCUUAAAAGAAAUUCUAUUGAAAAUUGAGAAAACUGAAUUGAAAUCAGUAAGACCAUGACACAACACACCAACUCAGGAGUCCAUAAUUAAAGUUCCACAGAUGAAACUAGAUCUUGAUCCAUCUCUGUGAUCUUACUUUACUGAACUAGAUUCCACUGUGUCCGUCUUACACUACUCCUAAAGACACACACAGUCUGUUUGCCAAGUCCUGAUAACUUGACCCCUUGCGUAAGCAGCCAUUCCAUCACUGCCAGCCUACAACACCAGGAGCUCUAGGGACUACAUAAAUGAGACAACAGUACAUGUCAUUAUAAUAAUGCUAAUCAUUCUGUGCCUUGAUGUGUCGUAAUACUCCUAGUCUGUAACUGUUGAUCGUGCUGGUUUACAAUCUUUGUUAACAGUAUCAGAAUUCAACAGACUUGCAUGGGGAAGGGAGAGGGGAGUCUGAUUGCUGUUUUGAUGCAGCAAUACACAAGUACAUGCGAACAGUAACAUCCCCUGAAUUCCAAGUUCCAUCCCCCACUACAUCCUACGCUCUUGUGUUGAUCUGAGAUGAUUGGUAAAGAGGUGGUAGCUACAUAUGGCUCUCUGAUACGCAAUGUGGAAUUGUCGCCAUAUACUAUUGCUUACACAGAUCUACACAAGUGCACAGGGUAUAUGGGCUUGUUUUCAGACUCAGGGUGCAUUUCAGCUUUAAUAGAAAGUCAAAUGAUCUGGUAGCUUGACAAAUCAUUGUAAAGGACUCGGACAGGUGACACGAUCACAACAUUUAUAAAUCACCAUCUGAAUAUCUUUUUAAAGAAGACUAUGCUGUGAUUUUGAACAUGUAAACCUGGGUGUUUAGGUUUAUUGAGAAGCCUUGUGAAAUGUAGUUCUUUUUCUAUUUAUGGUUAACCUGCCUGAGAUACAGUAGUACUGUAAACUGUCAAGUAGAGGAAAAGAGACUAGUGAGAAAAGACCUUAAUAUAUUUUCCUGUUUAUUUUUUCCCCACACCGAAAUGGGUGCAACCAAAUAUUCAGCAUUGGCCAGAGGUAUAUCAUAGUGUUAUAUAUAAAAAAUGUAUGAAAAUGUAAUUUACUCAUCAUUCAACCAGUAUUGUAUAAAAAGCAAUUUACUUGUUUUUGUCAUUUCAAAAGAAUGGUCAGAAUACACAUCAGUAUACUUAAAAGAACACUCACAGGGUCAUACAACUGUCUACACUCCCUCAACACCGUGUAGAACAUCUCUCACACCAUCUUCAGACUUUAUUAUGUUGACGGUACACUGUUUUAUACGGCACUUUCAUGUAUGGAUUAUAUGGAUAUUGUCAGAUCUAUUAAAACAGAAAUGUUACUGUGA